AUGAUGACAUGUCGGCUGGGUUCGCGACGUCUGGGCGGUUCGCGCGGCUCACUGCAAGCCGGCACGGCGUGCACCGCUGCCAGCGAGCUCGACCUCUCCACGCGAUCAAGAAGAGCACACAAAGCCAGUGGUGAGGCGCCAUUGUUGAGCGGGUGGCGGAGUACGCCGCACACGCCGCACACGCCCGCCACGCCGGCGCCGCACCAUUCACAUAAUCACCUAGCUCCACCGCACUGCAAUGGCACAGAUAGUGGUAGCAGGGGAGGACUCAGACGUAGGUCAACAUACGCGAGCGGUCGGCUAAGGUCCGGGCCACAUUGGUCGUUCGUGUUCGAUCCCGCGGGCCGUCUGUGCUACUAUUGGUCUAUGGUCGUCUCAUUGGCCUUCCUCUAUAACCUCUGGGUCAUCGUGUACAGGCGAGACACUAAUAGUGUGGUUUUGCUUGGACUACUUUUCGGACUUCCUGUAUCUGGCGGACAUAUUGUUCCACUUCCGUACGGGGUAUCUAGAAGAUGGCGUCCUACAAACGGACGCGGCGAAGCUGAGAGCGCACUACAUGAACUCCACGACGUUCUACAUAGACUGUCUCUGUCUACUACCGCUAGACUUUCUCUACUUAUCAAUAGGAUUUAA